AGAGGCGGGGUUUGCGAAGAUGGCGGCGCGGGAUGUGCUAGAGUCAGACCUGCCAAAUGCCGUGACACUUUUGAAAAACCUCCAGGAGCAGGUGAUGGCUGUAACGGCACAAGUGCAAGCUCUGACAAAAAAAGUUCAAGCUGGAGCUUUUCCUACAGAGAAGGGUCUCAGCUUUUUGGAAGUGAAAGACCAGUUGCUGCUCAUGUACCUUAUGGAUUUGAGCCAUCUCAUCCUAGACAAAGCCUCAGGAGGGUCUCUUCAGGGACAUGCUGCAGUUUUGAGACUGAUAGAGAUUCGCACGGUUUUAGAAAAGAUUCGUCCCUUGGACCAGAAACUGAAAUAUCAAAUUGACAAAUUGGUCAAGACUGCAGUGACAGGCAGCCUUAGUGAGAAUGACCCACUUCGCUUUAAGCCUCAUCCUGCCAAUAUGAUGAGCAAGUUGAGCUCAGAGGAUGAGGAGGAAGAUGAAGCAGAGGAAGGCCAGUCUGAGGUCUCAGGGAAAAAGUCUGUAAAAGGAGCAUCUAAGAAAUACGUUCCACCACGCUUGGUUCCAGUACAUUAUGAUGAAACAGAAGCUGAACGAGAGAAGAAGCGUCUUGAACGAGCCAAGAAACGGGCAUUGAGCAGCUCUGUCAUUCGGGAACUAAAGGAGCAGUACUCUGAUGCUCCAGAGGAAAUCCGUGAUGCUCGGCAUCCUCAUAUCACACGCCAGAGUCAGGAGGAUCAACACAGGAUUAAUUAUGAGGAGAGCAUGAUGGUACGUCUAAGUGUCAGUAAGCGAGAGAAAGGGCGACGAAAACGAGCAGAUAUCAUGAGCUCACAACUUCACUCCCUGACGCACUUCAGUGACAUCAGUGCUUUGACAGGAGGAACCCCUCAUCUUGAUGAGGACCAGAAUCCUGUUAAGAAACGGAAGAAGGUGUCUAAGAAAGGCCGGAAGAAAAGAGGUUUUCGGAGGAGGCGAUGAUUAUGGGUGUACAUAUUUAUAUAUUUUUGUCAUCCUGGGAGACUUCUAAUUUCACUGUAUGUAGAUUUUUGUUUUUGGAAUUCGUUGAUUAUUUGGCCAUGUGGAAAGAUCUUGAUUAAUAAAAUUGAUCUUACUUA